AUGGUUACCGUCGCAGUCGCAGGUGGCAGUGGGAGCAUUGGCUCCGCCGUUGUCGCGGCCAUAGCCGCCACAAAAAAGCACACGGUCUUUGUCCUCUCCAGGAAGGAAACUGGAAAGUUCGCUGAAGCCGAAGGCGUGUCAGUCUUGGUGGUCGACUAUGAGUCAAUGGAUGCGACAGCGGACAUUCUCAGCACAAACAACGUGGACACCAUCAUAAGCUGUCUCAACCUCAACAGUGAGGAAGGAAACGCCGCGCAGGUGAAUCUCAUUGUCGCUGCUGAGAAGUCUUCCACGGUCCGGCGAUUUGCUCCCAGCGAGUACGGCAUCGACUACCUCAAGGCUCCUCCUCAAUUCCCUGCUGCUGAAUACAAAGUUUCUGCCGUGGAGCGGCUCCGAAAAUCCCGCCUGGCUUACACCCGCUUCCUCACCGGCGCGUUCAUGGACUACUUUGGACCCCAAGGGGCGCCGACGACGCUCCAGAUGAUAUAUCUUGUUGUUGAUCAUGCGAACAAGAAAGCUGUGAUACCUGGCGAUGGAAACACGCCUGUCGUAUUGACCCACAGCACGGACGUGGGAAGAUUUGUGGCGGCGUCUCUGGAUCUUGCCGAAUGGGAUGACGCAAGCGUCAUUGUCGGCGAUAGGCUGACCCUGAACGAGCUCACCAAGCAUGCAGAGGACAAAUUUGAGGUCGUGUACCAAUCCGUCGAGCGUCUCCAGGCUGGGGAACAGAUUGAUGAGCUUCCCGGAAACAAAGCAGCCUACAAUUUCAUGCCCAAGGAGGCAGUGGACACGAUCAGGAAAGGUGCAGGCCUUGGUAUGGCUCAAGGCUUGGUGGACUUGGCCCUGGACGACAAAUCUCUCAACUGCAGGUUUCCCGAGAUCACUCCCCUGAACAUCAGGGACUUUUUCAGCAAGUAUAGAAAAUGA